AUGAACUUGAACAACAAGAUACUAGCAACCCAAAGAAGCAAAAAACAACAUUAUAUAUAUGUAGUAGCCAUUAAUGAGAGGGUAGUUCAAGCUAGAAGGGCUUGGAACAAUCUAGCAAAGCAGGGCCAGAUUCGUGUGGAUGAGUUUGACCAAACUAAAAAUGAAAAAGAAAGUAAAAUUAAACGGCGGCGUUUAAAGGAUUUUCAUAGUACACAGUCUUCUUGGAGUCCUGGCUUGUCUCCCAAGUUCUUUCGGUCAAAAACACUCUUGAUUAAUAGGGCUCGAAUCGAAUGUCAGAGCCAUAGGCUUACAGUUGAGGAUCCUGCAACUGUUGAAUAUAUAACACGAUGCAUUGCUGGUCUGCAACAGAAGUAUACGCAAAGUGGCGGUGUUAAACCGUUCGGUCUUUCGACAUUGAUUGUCGGGUUUGAUCCUUAUACCGGCGUACCUUCUCUUUACCAGACCGAUCCAUCUGGAACAUUUUCAGCUUGGAAGGCUAAUGCAACCGGAAGAAAUUCUAACUCGAUGAGGGAGUUUCUUGAGAAAAAUUAUAAAGAAACUUCUGGACAAGAAACGGUGAAGUUAGCAAUUCGUGCUUUGCUCGAAGUUGUUGAGAGUGGGGGAAAGAACAUAGAAGUAGCUGUGAUGACAAACGAGCAUGGACUGCGACAACUAGAAGAAGCUGAAAUCGAUGCCAUUGUUGCUGAGAUUGAAGCAGAGAAAGCAGCUGCAGAGGCUGCGAAAAAGACCCCGGCCGACCCGAAAGAAACCUAGUUCAGUAUCUCAUAUCCCCAUUGCC